GUCUGUAUGACUCUACGUUCGUAUUUAUUAAAAACUACAAUUAAAAAACAACCUGUGAUAACUAAACUUUACUUUUAAAUUCGAUAAAAAGUUCUAUUUAUCAUUAAUUUCAAGUAAUCAAGCUGUAAAUUUAAUGUAAUUUGUGCUUAUUGAAAUGUUUACGCAACAUAACCUCUAAAAGUAUCGAGUGUAGUGUUUGUUUUUAAAUUGUCCGUCAUCAAUGGUGAACUGGCAGUGGCAAUGAAUCAUACAGCCACGGUAAGGAAGCGGCCGACUGUCGAAAGUAGUGCUAGGAGACAAAUUUUAACAGCACUGUUAGCAACAAUCCCUACAUUCACCUACGGCAUUCAAAUUGGCUGGCUGUCGCCAACCCGUCUCCACCUGAAGGCUGCCGGCGUGACAGACAGCGACAUCUCUUGGUUAGCGGCCGCACUACCACUCGCGGCUAUAUGCGGCAUACCGUUUUUUAGUUACUCCAGCGAUCGCUUCGGGAGGAAGAUCUGUAUUAUCGCCGUGUCUCUUCUAUCUUGUAUAUCAUGGACCAUCAAACUAACCACCCUCUCCGCCCCAUUACUGAUCGCCGCACGCGCCAUCGCCGGUGUAGCGGCUGCCGGGUGCUUCGUUGUGGUUCCUGUCUACGUCAAGGAGAUUGCUGAGGACUCCUGGCGGGGAGCCUUAGCUUCUCUUACUAUGACUGUCUGCAAGCUAGGCGUCAUCUUCGUAUACGGGCUGGGCACAUGGUUGCCCUACACACACAACCAGGCGGUUUACUUGACCGUGGCGAUCCUCCAUGCGCUAGUGUUCGGCUUCAUGCCGGAGUCGCCUAACUACUUGCUGAAGCGGGGUAGAGAGAAGAAAGCAACACAAACGAUAGCCUGGCUUCGGAGCCUCAACAGAGGUGAAACAUCCGUCCUCGAUGAAGUGCACAAACUGAAAGACGAGCACAGGCGGUUCGACGAGAUGCCCAGGGUCACGCUGUGCAGUAUAAUACGGGACCGAGCCACCUUCUCCGCUCUCCGAGUGACGCUUAUGCUGAUGGCGCUCCAGACCCUCUCCGGGUGUUUCGCCCUCAUGAACUACGCGUCCGAAGUGUUCGCCCGGGCUGGCUCCACGUGGGACCCUAACCUGCUAACGCUACUCAUGGGCUUCUUGCAAUUAGCUGGCUCUUUCUUUACGACGAUAUCCAUCGAGAAGUUUGGGAGGAAGAUCCCACUGGCCUGCAGCUGCGCCUUGGUCUCCCUCUGCAUGUUUGCCCUAGCAACCUACUUCGUAACUCACUCGGGUCCUCGAUGGCUUCCCGUGGUGUCUGUGUGUCUAUGCCUGCUUUCAUACGGUGCUGGACUAGCGCCCGUGCCGAUGGUGGUUAUGGCAGAGGUGUUCACAUACCAGAUGCGAGCCCGCAUGGCCGGCGCGUCCAUGGCGUUCUCAUUCCUCUGCAGCUCCAUGACCGUCCUGUUCUACACGCCCAUAGCGACCGCGUUCGGUGUACACGUGGUGUUCUACGUGUUCGCGGCCGUGACGGCGUGGGGCGUGGUGUACACGGCGCUCUGGGUGCCCGAGACGAGGGGGAAGAGUCUGCAGGAGAUUAGGGAGUAUUGGGUCAAGCCUGAGCCCGUACAUGUAUAAAACAACCGGCCAAGUGCGAGUCGAAC